GUCAUUGCCACGUCAUUACUGUCAGUCACACAGAAAUAAAAGAAAAAUGGAUGCCGUUUACACGCAUCAUUUGGAACUGAAAAUUACGUAAUUUAUCGACCUGCUGGCUUGUAUUUGUUAUAAAUCAUAAAAAACCUGUGACGCCAGUGAAACUACGUAGUUUUCUUUCGUGAUGAUUUGAUGAUACCUCAAUGGAAUUGAGCCAAGUUUUCGCCGUAUUGGGUGCUAGAUGCCCCUUGGAGUUAAGCCCCAGUGCUACUAUACUACCUUACCAGUUAUGUGUGGGUGUUGUAGUCCUAAGACACGGAGGUACAAAGGGCCUUCACAAGCUCACGCCACGCCUUCCUAUCUUCAGCAACCCUCGUGACCUCGCUCCACCAGCUCAAACCUGCCACUCGCAGCUCAUUUUUCGACGGACCGCUUCCAUGAGUAGACAAGGCACCGACGAUCACGGCUUGCAUCACCUGUACUGCUAUGUAAUAUGUUUCAAUGAAAGAGUCAAAAUUCUCUCCACAUACAAACACUUCCAACGCCUACACUGACUACACCAAAUAUGAUCAUCACUCAACGUGUCUCACAUCAAGAUACUUUUUAAAAGUCAUCAAGAAGGAACAUAAUAUCUUUUCCCAUGGUUUCCUGAAUAAUCCUAACUAAAAGUUACUUCUCUAUUCUAUUUUUCCUGCAUGGAGUGGCGUUUUUCCAUCUAAUGGAAACGAAAUGAACAUAUAUGCUCUGCGUUUUUUUUUGUUUUUGUGCACCUUUUCAAUAUUACUAAUAAAGCAUUUUGUGGGUGUUUCAUUUACCACCUUCCUUCAUAAUUUUGCUAGUGUGUGAUUCACCAUAUCCCUAAUUAUUAAAUGCAAUAGCUACUGCAAUCUGUUCACUGAUGGGAAUCAUUUCAUGUUAACACAGCUCUGAAUACUAUCUUAUAUAAUG